UCCUGCACAUCUGUCGCUCUCGUCAGCUAGAAGAGAACAACGAUGGAAGCCCUUCCACAGUGCUAAACCCCAGAAUGAAGAAAGUGGCUUUCUGGCUGUGAACUAGCUCAGACUGACCAAUGGAGACCUCCUGUGUGGCCUGGCUUUACGGGGACCAGACCGAGUAAGGACACAGAGAACUGACGCUGUGAAAGGUUCAAUAUCUUUAGAAUGUCUGGGGAGGACGAGUCGACGGUAAAAGGUGUGUCUGGUCUAGAGUCCGACACUUCAGUCCCUCAGGAGAAUACUGGGCCUGUGGUUGGUGGACUGCGUCUACGUUCAGCUCCUGGAGCUUGUGUGCUGUUUGCUGGGGUGCUGCUACUGGUAGGAAUUGGUGUGGCUGUGGGCGGCUACUGGCCUCAUCGCACCCGGCGGCCAGUGUCCCACCACCCUCCAACCGGCCGAACACCCGCUGAGAAACUCAAAUUGGUCGGUCCCAUCAUCAUGGGGGUAGGCCUGUUCAUCUUCAUCUGUGCCAACACACUCCUCUACGAGAACCGGGACCGGGACUGGGACCGCCACCGUAGACGGAAUACAGGAAGCAAAGAUAACUCUUUACCAACUCAAUCGGAGAAGUAUGGGGACACCAGCUCAGUAAGAUACCUGCAGCCAGAAACAAGCAUUAACAGAGAUGCACUGGUGUUCUCGGAUCUCAACAUCCACUGCCUCCAAGAGGGGAUGACCAUUCCUACUUUGAAGUGCUCUUCCCCCUCCUCUGACUCCUGCAACUCCAGUCAGGUGAACUUUGAUCUGGACAAGGCAUCUCCUCUCACAGAUGGCAGGGAUGUAGUUACAUUAACACUUCCGGUCAUCAAGUUGAACAACUGCCUUAUAAGCUGCCCAGAAGCUCCACCCCUUCCAGAGCGCACUUACCAGACCAGGGUGGCAGUGGCUACUGUUACAAAUGUAGGAUCAACACAAAUAGAGCAAUCCAGUUCAUCCCUAAUGAGAGAAUGCAAGUACACAGAGAUUGAGGAUCGGUAGACAGAAAAGGAAGUUAGGAAAUAACUGAAGUUUAGGAGAAGGACCACGCCUAACACUCCAAGUUAACACAUGCUCCACAGGGAAUGGAGAACUUAAAUAUGGCAUUUUCCUGCAAAUUGUAGUGAACAAUUUUUGUUUAUUUAACAUUUAAUGAGUUUAACAUAUCGGAAAAAAUAAACCAUAAAAUAUAGAAUGUGCCAUAACUUUUGCACAUGCCACAUUUUUGCUUUUCCCCAAUUUAAAUUCAGCAAAUGAACAGUAACUGUGCAUUAAAAUGUGCAGAAACGUGUUCUCUGUAGAGGAUGUGUACUUAUUUUUGAAUUUAGAAAAUCAACGAAAACUUAACUUGACACUUAACUUGAAACUUUUGUAUGCAAUUUUACAUUCCCUUCUCUACCUUCUGUUUCCUGUUACAAAAUUUCCACCACCACCUCAUUUCCUCACUAUGACUCAUGACUUUUAUGCCUUCCUCUAAGUGCAAGCAAAAGAGGAUAUCUGCCCUUCUACAUUCUUUAAACGAAAGGUCCCAAAAAAGGUUUUAAGAGGUGAGAGAAGAAACACUUUUGUUUCCUGAAAAAGUUUUAAUUGAUGGGUUACAGUCCCAUAUCUCUUCUCACACUUUAACCAUAUAUUCUUAAAGAUAAUUGCUAAUGAAUGGUUCUUGGCUUGUACUUACAGUUCUAGGAGAAGCCUUUAAUUGGUAGAGAACAUUUACAUUAUGUGGAGGUUCCAUCUCGUUUACAGCAAUGAUGAGGGAAAUGAAUGAAUGGGUGAAUGAAUGAGGGAAAACAAAAGUGGUUCUUCUAAGGACAUCACUCAAAAGAACCCUUUUUGUAACCUUUUAGGAGUGUUGAUGGUGUGGUCUGCACUUAAAAAUGAACUGUAUGAUUCCUGCAGAACACAAAUUGCCAUCAUAGCUAAUGAUAUAUCUAUGUGGCCAAAAGUGUUAAAUUCAAGUGUUUUAGCCGCACUCAUUAAUAGGUGAAUGAAAUCAAGCACAGGAUGCCACGUUUGCCACAAGUCAGUUUGUGAAAUUUCUGUCAGCUGCUAUUAUUGUGAAACGGAAGCAUCUAGGGGCAACAACAGCUCAGCCUCAAAGCAGAAGACAAUGCCGCCAAGUUCACACAUAGUGUGUGAAAAUCGUCUAUCCUCCAUUGCAUCACUCACUAUAGAGUUUCACACUGCCUCUGGAAGCAACAUUAGCACAAGUACAGUGUGAAAUGAAAUGAGUUUCCAUGGUUGCGCAGCUUUAUACAAGCCUAAGAUCACUAUACGCAAUAGCAAACAUCAGCUGGAGCGGUGGAGCACAAUGCCAAUGGACUCUGGAGCACUCAUAACCUGUUCACUGGAGUAAUGAUUCACACAUCACUAUCAGGCAGUCUGAUGGAUGAAUCUGAAUUUGGCAAAUGCCAGGAAAAUGCUACCUACCGGAAUGCAUAGUGCCAACAGUAAAUUUUGGUGGAGGAGGGAUAAGGGUCCGGGGCUGGGUUUAAAGUCCGUGGUUUUGGAAUGGGAUGUCCAGCAAGCUCAUAUAGGGGUGAUGGCCAGGAGGCCACAUACCUUUUGGCCAAAUAGUGUAUCAAAAGAGUGCUAAGUGUGCCAUGUUGGACCCUAUCUUCUUUCAUUUUCCUAACAGAGAGCAUUCUGGGCAAAGAGAUUACAGCUUAGCAUAACUGUGCAGAAAUAACAUUUGUUCCACAUUCAUUUCAGAGCUGUCAAACGUCUUGUACCAACCAACACUAACAUUGCCUUCUUGAUGACUGAUAUGAGUGUGUUUGUUAGAUUGUUUGUAGACUGUUAGAUUGAAUUUGUAGAAGACGACAGCAGACACUAUAUUCGUCUGAGUGAAGAGAGAAGAGAAUUCUAAUGACAUCUAAGUCUAACAACAAGUUGGUCUUCAGAGCCUAAUAGGUAAGGAAAAUCUUUUCUGUGCCAAAAGGACAAAAUAACAAACAAAUAAAUCAAAACAAGCAAAUGAAUGAAAACAUUGAGUCAUGUAAGUGCACCUUUGUAUUAAAAGAAUAAAACAUUUAAGGACCAAAGUGUAAUUGCACUUUUGUUGUGUUUGUAUCCACUGCUCAAAAGUAAAAUUACUUGCUAUGUUAACAAUAUUUGUUAUUUUAUAUACAGUAAUAACAUGUACCAUUUGAAUUUAAAUAUUAUAACCUUUUUGCCAAAACAUAUUUCUGAUGUUUUACCCGUGUUUCAAGAAUUCUAUAAACAUGGAGCAAAUAAAAUCAUAAGUAAAAUAAUACACCCUGAGAUUAUAUGUUCAGUUUUAAGGUAUAAUGAAUUCUAGACAUUUAUUAGAACUUUGUUACUGAUGCUAUACACAGUGGUGAUUUUAGGAUAUAGUGGGGUCACAUGGUGGUAAUGUAC